UCCCCCAUAGAGCGCAGCAUGAGCGCUCCGCAGCAAAAGGAUGUGUGAGCAGGCAGCGCGUUACUGUAGGGACGGGGUCCACAAACUGCUGAACAAAGAACAAGCCAAACUUCGAGCGCAGGAAAGCCGCGAGCAGCCGAAACCCGUAGCCGGUCAGGACAGCGAGUCCGCGACGGCAGCGCAGUCCGGAAACAGCGGCGCCCAGCCCGGUGGAAUCGACGGGCUCGUCCGCUGGAUCGUCACCAAAAUGAGCGACAACAAGAACAUCUCCAGCCGGGAGUACGCCUCCAGCAAGGAGGAGGUGGCCGUGGCUCAGGAGCAGUUCUUCGCCCCGGAGCCACGGAGAGGCAUCUCUGUUAUCCUGGAUAUAUUCAGAAGAGCCGACAAAGAUGAUGAUGGGAAGCUGUCGCUGGAUGAGUUCCAGGCUUUCUUCUCUGACGGCACGUUGAACGAGGAGGAGCUGGAGAAACUGUUUCACACCAUCGACUCUGAUAACACCAGUAAUGUAGACACGAAGGAACUCUGUGACUACUUUGCCAAGCACAUGGGAGACUAUGAAGGAGUUCUGGCCUCAUUGGAAACGCUGAACCUUUCCAUCCUCAGAGCAAUGGAUUUCACCAAAAGGGUAUAUGAGAGGGGAACCAAUGUGGAGCAAUUUGUGACUCGCUUCCUCCUGAAGGAAUCAGCCAAUCAGAUCCAGUCUCUCCUGAGCUCUGUGGAAAGUGCGGUGGAUGCGAUUGACGAGCAGCACGGCCAAUCUGGUCAUCAACCUGCCAAAGUGAGCCCACGGAUGCCAGAGAAGCGCUAUCAGAACACUGUCCCUGAUUAUCCCCCCAACAACAGAGUGAGCGCCAGAGAGGCCGUCAGGACCAUCAACACAGCUUCAGGAGCUGUAGAGGUGAGGAAAGAAGGUCUGGAGGCUCAGAUCAAUCGCCUGGCAGAGCUGAUUGGACGUCUCGAGAAUAAGACAGUCUCGUUUGAUCUGCACCAGAGGCUAACAGAUACAGAUGGCACCCCGAGCGCAUCCUUGCUGCUGAUUCGCCAGGAGAUGGUGGUGUCCCAGAAGAAGCUCGGCGAGUUCUGUGAGGCUCUGAAGCAGUACCUGAAGAAUGUCUCUGCUCAGAGAGACUGCUUUCACGUGACUGCAGUUCGUCUGCCAGAUGGUUUGUCCUUUGUCGUCUACGAGUUCUGGGAUGGAGAGGAAGAGUGGAAGAGGCACCUUCAAUCGCCUCCCAACAAAGCCUUUCAGCAUGUGAAGGUGGACACACUGUGCAAGCCCGAGGCCAUCUCCUCCGUAGCAGUGCCAGCCGCCUGGUGCAGCGUGAACAGGGAUUGAGCAUGAAGAUGAUCGACUACACGCCAAGACUCCUCCUGGACACUUUCUUUUACUCCAACCUGUUUACUAUCCCUCCUCCUCCCUUUAUCCUUUAACUCUUUUUGUAAGUACAUGUUUACAUAGUGCAAAGGAAGGGCAUCAUCUGCAGAGAAAAUUUUUCAAUUUAAUGUGAGAAGACAAAAAUGUUUGCAAUGGGAUGAUAUGUUGCUUAAAGUAGCUCUGAGCCACUUUGAGGAAGAGUUUAUGUAGCAAGGAAUAUGAGUUUGUAAGUCAUGUAGCAAAGUCUGUUUUUGGAUUAUACAUUGGCAUUAUUAUUUUUAUUUUACAACACUUUAUGAUGGUGUUGCCGUAAACUGCUCAUCCUUUUAGCCUUCAUUAACAAGUUGCAGCUAACUCUACAUUUCUGAAAACAUUACACUCACCUUGACCAUUUUAAACUUGCAGAACUGAUUAGGACCAUCAGCAGCCAUAAAUGUCAAUUUAGUUUGUACUCAGGAAAAAUGCAAGCCUCUGAUAGCUGCCUCUCUAGUUAAAGUUAUGCAACUGGAAACUAUUAAAUAGAAAAUUAGGACAGUAUAAAAUCAAACUCCAGUAACUCCCACCAGGCACACAACAUAUGGCUUUUUGCAAUGCUGUACUGAUGUAAGUUGUUUGUUUCAUGUAAGGAUAGUUAUGACAUACAAGUUGGUUUUACUGCUCCAGAUACUAAACAGAAACAGUCCAAAGACUGCGGUAUACACUGCUUCCAUGUCCAUCUUACUUUAGAGAGCAUCAAAUUUAUUCCAUGCAUACAGCUCAGAAACUAGUUCUAGGGAUCCCACAUGUCAGAUUUUCAACAGUUGCUACAUAUUGUUAAUGGGAUUUAAAUUGCCUAAUUUGUAUCCACAGUUAAGUACUCUUAAUUGUCAUGCUUCAGCAGAGGAGUCUUAAAAAAAUUUCUAUUUGAAAAAGAAAAAAAUCAGGGCUUCUUGUUUUAAAGAGCAUUCUGAUGAUAUAAUGGCUGCUGUGGGUGUAAUGAGUAAAUAAGGUUUUACACACCUGAGCAACAAAACAGCAAUCAUCUUAUGAUUAGUUCCUGAAAGGAACUAACCAGGAAUCUUUUCACAAAGAUUCAGUGGUAACCUAUUCAUCGUUUUACAUACGGCUUCGUUUUAUUUCCUUAAUUUAUGGGUAGAGUUUAUUUUUGUUGGGACACAGAUUUUGGAGAAAGAAAAUGUGAAGCACCUUGCUGCUUUUCAUGCAAUUCACUUGCUCUACUUUUUGCCUCAGUCUACAAUUGGUGAUGGUUAGCUCAUAUUAGUGGUGACUGUCUAGCAGAGCUUGUACAUAUUAAAACUGUUCUAUUCUGAUUAUAUUUGUAUUUAUUGACACGUCUCAGUGAUAUGGUGUAAAUUCUGUCCCGGUGAAAUUGGAUUCAGGCGGUGCAGCAGUUUCUCUUCAGUUUGUUUAAAAUCUGUAACAAAGUCUGAUUUAAAGCCUUAAACAUAAAAAAAAAAAAACUGGAGCUGGUUUGGAACAUUUGCUGGACC